AUGGCAAAGAAACCAUAUUCUCCAUCUUUUGGAUGGAGAAGUAUUUUAUCGACCAAGAGUUUGGUAGAAAAGGGGGCACGUUGGUCUAUCGGUUCAGGAUUUGACAUCUCGGUGUGGAAAGAUCGUUGGAUACCUGAUAUUAAUCCACGACCAGCUUCUGGACGAGGAAUUUUACUGCAUCCAAAUCUAAAGGUUAAUCACUUAGUUAAUCCAAUUACCAAGAAGUGGCAUUUACCCAUUCUUAAUGAAUUUAUGCAUCCGGAGGAUAUUCGUAUCAUUAGAAGUAUGUCUAUAAGUAAAACCUAUAAGCCGGAUAGGUUGAUCUGGCAUUAUACAAAAUCCGGAAAAUAUACGGUCAAAUCUGGGUACUGGCUAGCACAUAAUUUGAUAGGAGAGGCGGAAGAGAAUCCAAGCUAUACUGCUCUAAAAGCGUAUGCAUGGCAUAUUCGCACUCCACCAAAAAUCAAGCAUUUUAUUUGGCAAAUUGCCACGGGUACACUUCCGGUCAUGGACGCCUUAGCUUCUCGCAAGAUUCAAUGUGACACGGAUAGAAAUAAAAAGGUGUUCCAAGGAAUUCAGUCUGAACCAGUCGAUAUUAUAAAUCAAGCUUUAAGUGAACAAUUAUCAUGGGAAGAAGCCCAAAUUAGUUUGACUGAUGUAACUGAACCAAUAGAACCUGUAUCUCCCCCUUCGCUAAUUGUUCGUUGUCGUAUUGAUGGUUCGUGGAAGUCGGGGAAUAUGUUUUCAGGCCUGGGGUGGUGGUGUUUCAGAGGAGAGGAGAAAACAUAUAUACUAGGUGCUAAAUGUCUUAGAGGGUGUCCCUCACCUCUCCAUUCAGAAUUGGAAGCGUUAUUAUGGGCUAUGGAGAAUAUUCUUAUAAGAAGGAUUGACUGUCAUACUUUUGAAUCAGAUUGUGCCGAGCUUAUUGCAAUGGUACAAGACCCACAAGAGUGGCCAGCAUUCUCCAACCUCUUAGACGAUUUUCUACUGUUACGUGCAUCAUUUCCGUCGUUCUCUUUAACUAAGAUUUCUCGUACUUGUAAUUCAAAAGCAGAUUGUCUCGCUCGUUCUUCCAGAUCUCUUGAUUCAUAA